CAAUGUCAAUUAAUUCAAACCAUCGGUCCAUCAAACCUGAUGUGUUUAGUUCCAGUGUGAAAGGACAUGUGGGCACUUACUAGUCUCUGCUGUGGAAGUCCUCCCUCAGGUGGCUCAUGGAGAUGAAGGGCAGCUUCAGAGCUUGACGAGGAGAGAGCCUCUCAUUCCCGUCGAGAUGCAGCAUCCCCUCCAGCAAAGACACAAAGGCCAUGCGGUCUUCCAUCUCAGCAUCCCCCAAUUUUGGAUGGAUCUGGAUUUGAAAACAGGUUUCAGGUCAGAUGAUCCAGCUCCCGAUUGACAGAUAAAUAACUGGUGCAGAUCCAGUCUUUACUUGUUCAACACAUGAGUGAGUACUCACAUGAAUCAGGCCGUUGAGGGAGUUCAGCUGCCGGAUGAAGCUCUCCUUUUCCUUUGUUUUUACGCAAUUAACAGCAUUGUAUUCGUCUGCAGUCUGAAGGAACAAAAAUAAAUAAAGAUGAGAACAAGGAAGUAUGAUUUAAACAUGCUCCAUUAAAAUUCUCAAACAUACAAGAACAUGUUUACUCUACCAUCAGUCUCCAUGAUGGACUGUCUUCACCCUCCUCUUCGAUGAAGAACCGCUCGCUGUACCAGCCAGCAUAGAGCAGGUGGUGCUGCGGCAGGCCCAGCACUGUCACCAUGUCCUUUAUCUGGAGACAGAAUACACAUCAUGAGAAUCACAUCCACUUCCAUUCUCUAUGAAUAUGAAUAAAAAAUCCAAUUGGUUAUGUGAUAAAUACCAUUUGAUAUUCGCACUCAAAGUUGAACGGGUUUCGAGCCAGGUACAGGAACACCAGUACACACCCGACCCCCCACACAUCGACGGCCUCGGAGAAUGGAAGACCCAGAGAGAUCUCUGGAGCCCUGAGAAGGAAAGACAUGAUUCACAGAUGAAAAAUCUUUUGGAACAUUUCAGGGCAGAGAAAAUAACAUUUUUUAACAGAUACUGUGCAGGAUGAACUCACCUGUAUCCACACGGCUGGAUCUUCGUCCCCCGCCGGACUUUGGACCCCAUCAUGGCUAAGCCAAAGUCAAUUAACUUCACCCUGAGUGGCUGAUCCUUCAUGUUCACAAACAUAACAUUGUCUGGUUUUAUGUCCGUGUGCAGGACCCCGAGACCCUUCAGGGCAUCUAAGGCCACAAAGAGCUGCAGGGACACAAAGAAUACACAACAUUUAGAAUUAUUUCUUCCAUGUGCUAUUGUUGGGUGUUAGGUUAAGGUUUCAGGGAUCUCUCUAACAGAAGAGUGCUGGUUACAUGAUACAUUGAUCACUGCUACAUACCUGCUUGGCAACUGGGCGGAUCUCAUGAAGAGGAAGGUGCUCCAACUUUUGCUGCUUUAGCAGGUCAAAGAGACUUAUGUCCAGCCGCUCAAACACCAAACAGGUCUGGCCCAGGUGCUGGAAUACUUCAUGGAACUUGACCAUGUUGUUGAGAUCAGCAUCCAGGACACUGAUGACUUUCAGCAUGUUUACCUGAAGAGAGAAUAGGAGACGUGAUAAGACAACACUAUCAACAGUUGGUGAGCAGCGACAUGCUCUGAUGGAGCAGACAACACCUGAGCACAGGAAUAUAAACAAAGAUUUCAGUCUCCUGCCUCAUGCUGAGCGUCCCGGGCGGACCCGGUUUCCUUCAUGAUUUUCAAAGCCACCAUCUCUCUGGUCCUGAGGUUGAUGGACGAGACAAUUGUUCCGAAGCCGCCUUCCCCUAGAAAGUCCAGGACCGAAUAGGAGGAAGAGCUGCUGUGGAUCGUGAGGCAGUCCUGAGUUCUACACGUUGACAUGAUGUCCAGUGUUUGCAGUUCAGCGUAUGAUGUGAAGACAGGCCUGAAGAUAGCCGUGAAGAAGUUGUCGAGACCCUUCCAGUCCAUCAUCCACGCAAAGAGAACCUACAGAGAGCUGCGGCUGCUCAAACACAUGAAGCACGAGAAUGUGAUCGGCCUAUUAGACGUUUUCACGCCAGCGACAAGCUUAGAAGAGUUCAGUGAUGUGUAUUUGGUGACCCACCUAAUGGGGGCGGACCUCAACAACAUUGUCAAGUGUCAGAAGCUGACUGACGACCACGUCCAGUUCCUCAUCUAUCAGAUCCUCCGGGGCUUGAAGUACAUCCAUUCUGCAGAUAUCAUCCACAGAGACCUGAAGCCCAGUAAUCUGGCUGUGAAUGAGGACUGUGAGCUCAAGAUCCUGGACUUCGGUUUGGCACGGCACACAGACGAUGAGAUGACAGGCUACGUAGCCACGCGAUGGUACCGGGCCCCGGAGAUCAUGCUCAACUGGAUGCACUACAACAUGACAGUGGAUAUCUGGUCAGUUGGCUGCAUCAUGGCUGAACUACUCACUGGACGGACGCUCUUCCCUGGUACAGACCAUAUAAACCAGCUGCAGCAGAUAAUGCGCCUGACGGGGACACCCCCAGCCUCCCUCAUAAGCAGGAUGCCCAGCCAUGAGGCGAGGAAUUACAUUAAUUCUCUCCCACACAUGCCCAAGAGGAACUUUGCUGAUGUGUUUAUUGGCGCCAACCCUCUCGCGGUGGACUUGCUUGAGAAGAUGCUGGUUCUGGACACAGACAAGAGGAUCACAGCGUCCGAGGCUCUGGCUCACCCGUACUUUGCUCAGUACCACGAUCCGGAUGACGAGCCGGAAGCGGAGCCUUACGACCAGAGCUUUGAAAGCCGCGAGCUGGAGAUCGAGGAAUGGAAGAAAUUAACCUAUGAGGAGGUGGUCAGCUUCUCACCGCCAUCGUUCGAUGGAGACGAGAUGGAAUCCUGAGGAGGAAUCGCCAUUUUUUUCUAUUCCAUCUAUUAUUUUUCCAACGGACACUCUUUAUGGACUAUCAGUCUAAUGUGACUAUCCACCACUACCCUCACACACACCUCGCACAAACAUGACAUUCAAGUGCCUGCCGUCAUUCAUCUCUGGGGGACAUUGCGAUAUCAGGGAUACGACUCUACUUCCUGGUCAUCCAGCCCCCCACUUUGUCAUUUUUGUUACCUUGCAUCCCCAAAAUUUUGAGGCCGACUGUUAAUUCUCCUCAUAUAUUAGUUGAAUUUUUGCCUCUGACAUUUGCUGUUUAUAUUGUGCCCUUAUUUGAUUCAAAGAGCUAGAAAUGACAUAUCAUUAUCUUAAAGUAAAUGGUAGAAAUUGAACUGCUGUUAUGUUCUUUUUAUACAAUUGGACGACCAAGCAGUGAUCUAGGAAUAGUUUCAGACCACAAAGCGUCUAACGUUAAUAUUUUCUCCACAUACUAAAUUAAAUGUUAUUCCUAUCUGUGCAUAGAACUGUGUAAUUAUGACAGCAAAUAGUAUUUGUACAUGAAUACUUCAGGUAAAACAGUAACUAUAUGUGUGUAAUAGUUAUUACUGGCCCCUUUUGUAAGUAUGAAUUUUUUAACUAGAGAUUAGCCGUAAAAAGGCAUAUAAACAGAUUCAGUAGGUAAUUUAUUUCAUGUAUGUACAGAAUAGUCUAGAAAAUGUAAAAUGCUCAUCUCUUAAAGGAAAAUUCAACCCUUCAUUUUUCUUAUUGUUGGAUUUGAAGACUUUCAGAGUCCAGAACUUAGUUUGAAGAGUAUUGCCCAUUUAAUAUCUUUAUUAUUUCCCACUCCACUUCCAUAUCCAUUAUUUUCGCUCCUCUGUUCUGUCGUGCCAGAGGACGGUUCAAGCAAUUAGUCACGUACAGGACCACUUGAGCAUGAUAUAGCCACUUGAGGCUCACUAGUUUAUUGCAAUUUUGAUGUUUUCUAUCACAACAUCAACUGACAAUGUAAUUUAAUCAUAUUGCAUUUAUUAAAACACAGUUAUAUUGAUGUAUAUUGAAUGUCGGGGGCACCAGUUUGCCUAUAUUUAUGAUCUUUUCUUAUGCUGUUUGUAUAUCGAUGUAAAAGAGAAUAGUAUUUGUCAGAAUCUUAAGGUUCUUUUUAUUAUUUAUGAAGAGCUUACUGUUUCAGAAACUAAAGGUAUCAUCAGUAAUCUCACAGGUAAAUCAGGCCGUGCUGACUGCACUUACAGUUUGUGCAGCAGAGCCCACAACGACCACGUCAGUUUAAAUUCAAAGACGUCCUUUGCUCAUCUUGCAGUUGUUUCUAGCUCUGCUUUUUUAAAGAGUUUCUACAUAAAAUGUAUUUAUCUGAUAUAUUCCCUGAGGUACUGCCUUCCAGAAUGAUCCUAUUAUCAAACAACAUGGCGACAAAAAACAACCAGAAAUCAAAAUAUUACAAGUUAGUUAUCCACUGAUGUUCUGGCUAAUCUCCAACGAACGAUAUCAAUGUCUUUACUAUUUAAUUUGCAACUGCUUUCAUGUAAAUGUGUCUUCAUGUAGUCUUCUUUUUCUUUAUGUAUUAUUUUGUGUGUUAAAUCAGGAGUUGAUGUAAUUCUGUAUAAUUGUCUGUUUUUCAUUAGCAGUGCUAAGCAUAUUUGUAAUUCAUUUGAAUGAUUUAUUAGGGCACAUGUUUAUGGAAAAGAGUGCACGUUUACUCACUGGAUGCUGAAGGGCAAUGCUGAAGCCUCAUACUCGCCUCGUUGAUUAGACACAGUAUUUAUCUCGUCCAUAUCCCAGUUCAUUUGGUUAUUAUUGGUUAUAGUUGCUUUGCCUGAAGAUGUGUUCAUAUCUUUUUACAAUGUACUUUAUCACAUGUACCAAGACAGCAGGCCAUGCCACAUGUAAAUACCACCAUUAGAAAAUAAAGACUACUAUUUUUCAAACCUGAAA